ACUAGAACCCAACUACAUAAACUGGUAACAUGGCGCGCUGGGAUUUUGAGAGAUAUAUUGAUGAACUGUCUUCUUGUUUGGCAUCAUUCAAUGGCGAAGGAUGUUCUGAACUUCUCGGCUCUGUUCCAAAAGUCCCUUUUGUCCGAGAUGUUUACGAAAGAACCUAUCGAGAAUGUUCAAAUAGAGGAAUACCCACACCUUUUGACGAGAUUAUUGCAUUCCGUGUCGAAGCUGCUUGCUAUGAAGAUAAGAGCGAGAACGACAGAGCACUUGAAUUCUAUUGUAAUUCAUUAAAUUGCUUAGUUAGUGCCUUCAGUGAGAUGCCUGAUGAGAAUUGGCCAUUGCCAAUUAUGUAUAAGUUAUGUUUGGCAACCAGAUUGGCUGCCAGACGGAUAAAUUCUUCAAAAGCGUUUGAGAGAGCGGCAGAGGCGAUAAUGGCAUGCUUUAGAGUAUGUACAUCUGAUACUAGGUCUUCACCAGCUACGAGUAAGAAAUGGGGGAUGUUAUAUUUAGUAAAUCAGUUAUUCAAAGUAUAUUUCGCUAUUUCCGCUUUGCAUCUGUGCAAACCACUAAUUAGAGCUAUAGAAAAUUUAAGGGACGUUAAAGAAGAACAAUUCCCUUUGGCUCAAAGAGUCACAUACAGAUAUUUUGUUGGAAGAAAAGCCAUGUUUGAUUCCGAAUUGAGAAAUGCCGACUCAAAUCUCUCUUUUGCUUUUGAGCGUUGCUUAAAGUCGUCCAUAAAAAACAAAAGGAAGAUACUUAUUUAUUUAGUUCCCGUAAGGAUGCUGUUGGGUCGUUUGCCUCAACACAGGCUUUUAAAAAAGUACAACUUGGCCGAAUUUGACGAUGUUGCUAGGGCAGUUUCAGCUGGUAAUUUACUUCAAUUAGAUAAUGCUUUGUCAAAACACGAACAUUUUUUUAUUCAAUGUGGAGUUUAUCUCCUGUUAGAGAAAUUAAGACCAAUGGUCUAUAGAACUUUAUUUAAAAGAGUCCAAAGGAUUAUGAAUACUUAUCAAAUACCAAUAGGUGCACUGACUACUGCACUUAUGGCGAUGAACGUAGAAGAUGUUGACGAUGAUGAAACGUCUUGCAUUUUGGCAAAUCUAAUUCAUGACGGUAAGGUCAAAGGUUAUUUAAGCUAUAGCCAUCAGAAGCUAGUAAUAAGUAAACAAAAUGCCUUUCCACCUUUUGCCAGUUCUUAA